AUGGGAAAAGGUCAAUGCACUGGAAAUGCCAGUCCAACGAACUCGAUCAACUUCCGCACAUUAUGUUUACAGGAUGGACCGCUUGGUGUUCGCUCAACGACUGGUAUUACUGCUUUCCCACCGGGUAUCCAAGCGGCGUCGACAUGGGAUCGAAGCUUGAUGUAUGCCCGUGGCCAUGGCGUUGGUGAGGAGACGAAAGCGAUGGGGAUCAACGUCAUCCUCGGCGGACGGAACUGGGAGGGCUUUAGCAGCGACUCGUACCUGGACGGCGUCGCCAUGGAGCAAACCAUUGGCGGGAUUCAAGAUGAGAGGGGCCGUGAGAUGACGAAUCCCGUGAUUGAUGAUAGGACGAUGCUUGGGUUGUAUCUUUGGCCCUUUGCGGAGGCUGUGAGGGUGGCUGUCCUGUGCAGUUAUAAUAAGAUUGAGCUAGGUUUCAAUGGGUAUGUAGUUACGGAUUGGAAUGCAGGACAUAGCAAUAUUGGGGUUGCGAAUGCUGGGCUCGAUAUAGGGCUGCCGGGAAAGAAUCCCUUCCGGGGCUCCGCCCUACAAUCCGCCAUCGGUUCCGGCGUCUCCAGCUCCCGUCUGAACGACAUCCAAAACUCCGGCUACCCGUCGAUCGCCGUAACAGCCAAAGGUGGCGGCAGCGGUCGAAACGUGCAAACAACAAACCAUACAGCGACCACCCGAGCAGUGGCUCGCGAUGGCAUUGUGCUCCUAAAGAAUACCGGAAAUCUGCUACCGCUGCGGAAACCGAAGAGUAUUGCUAUCAUUGGAUCAGGCGCUGUGGUGAAUUUGAAGGGCAUCCAUAGCUGUGGCUGGGACUCAGGGACUGUCACGUUGCCUAAUUUGAGCGCCCCCGCAGACGCAAUAACCACCCGCGCUAAAGCAGACGGAACAACCAUAACCACCUCCGCGUCCGGCACAGCCAGUCAAGGCUCUACCGCUGCUCAGAACGCAGAUGUGGCAAUCGUAUUCAUCACUGCCGAUUCAGGCGAGGGGUACACCGUCGUUGAAAAGAACACCAGUGAUUGCAGUGACCUCGAAGCCUGGCACAGCGGCGCCGAAUUGGUGAAAGCUGUUGCGGGCGUGAACAAGAACACGAUCGUUGCCGUAAACACCGUGGGCCCGAUCCUACUUGAAGCUUUCGCGGACCUACUAACGGAGCGCCUUGGUACUGUGUUGUAUUGGAUUGUAAGUCCGAGUGGGAUGCUACCAUACACGAUCGCGAAAUUAGCGUCAGAUUAUGGAAACUCGAUACGAUCGGGAAGUGAUAGCUUUGCGGAGGAGGUUUUCAUUGAUUACAGGCCCUUUGGUAAAGCCAAUAUUGCGCCGAGAUCUGAGUUUGGGUUUGGUUUGUCAUAUGCAACGUUCAACGACACCAAUAUCUCCAUCGCCGGAUUGCCCACCUCUGGCGCUGCAUCCGGGACAAUCGUCCCCGGCGGUUCCUCUUCUCUUUUCGAUACCGCGGCCACUGCCACAGCUAUAACCACGAAUUCUGGAUCCGCCACUGGCGCGAAGGUUGCGCAAUUAUACACUGGGCUUCCUUCGACUGCGCCAUCGAGUCCUGUGAGGCAGAUUAGAGGGGGGAGUGCGACUGUGACAUUCAGGUUGAGGAAGAAGGAUUUGUCAUAUUGGGAUACGAGCGCGAAGGCGUGGACGGUGCCGAAGGGGAGUAUCACAGUCAGUAUGGGGGCCAGCUCGAGAGAUAUUAGGUUGACGGAGCUAUCGUCGUUUCUUGAAUGA